CGUUUUAAUGCAGUUGUGACGCUAAAUAUGAGGUGUUUGUUGGGACUGAUGUCAACACAGCCUCACUUACUGACCAGCUUAUGGAACCAGGUUUUAUUACAAAGCAGAAACCUGAGUUUUUGUAUAGUGGCCAGCCUCUCAUAGUUAACCUUGAUAUUAUUGAUAAUUGGGUGCUUCACUUCAUGAAACAACGAUGCUUAUUAUAGUCCAUUAUAGUCCAUGGUAGUCGAUUAUAAUCCAUUAUAGUCUACGGUAGUCUAUUGUAAUCCAUUAUAGUCUACGGUAGUCUAUUGUAAUCCAUUAUAGUCUACGGUAGUCUAUUGUAAUCCAUUAUAGUUUAUGGUAGUCCAUGGAAGUCUAUUGUAAUCCAUUAUAGUCUAUUGUAAUUCAUUAUAGUCUAUGGUAGUCCAUUAUAGUCCAUUGUAAUCCAUUAUAGUCUAUGGUAGUCCAUUAUAGUCCAUUGUAAUCCAUUAUAGUCUAUGGUAGUCCAUUAUAGGCCAUUGUAAUCCAUUAUAGUCUAUGGUAGUCCAUUGUAAUCCAUUAUAGUUUAUGGUAGUCCAUGGAAGUCUAUUGUAAUCCAUUAUAGUCUAUUGUAAUCCAUUAUAGUCUAUGGUAGUCCAUUAUAGUCCAUUGUAAUCCAUUAUAGUCUAUGGUAGUCCAUUAUAGUCCAUUGUAAUCCAUUAUAGUCUAUGGUAGUCCAUUAUAGGCCAUUGUAAUCCAUUAUAGUCUAUGGUAGUCCAUUGUAAUCCAUUAUAGUUUAUGGUAGUCCAUGGAAGUCUAUUGUAAUCCAUUAUAGUCUAUGGUAGUCCAUUAUAGUCCAUUGUAAUCCAUUAUAGUCUAUGGUAGUCUAUUGUAAUCCAUUAUAGUCAAAGGUAGUCCAUUAUAGUCCACUGAAGAUUGCAAGAUGUCCGGACAGGUCAGGGGGAGGAGACCCCACUCCAGGAAGGCUGGAGGGAGGAGGCGUGAGGAACACUGCAAAACAGAAGAGAAAGCAGAUGAUGUGGCCCCUCGCGGCACCUGCACCACCAUGUGUCCCAUUUCAGAGGUGCGGCAGCGGGAAGCACAGAACCGGCUGCACCACUUCGAGGUCCUGGCCGGCACGGAGAGAAACCGCCUGCCCCGUGCAGACGUCUGCCGUGCAGUCAAGGAAUACAGCCGCCCAGCAGCCGGGAAGGACACAACAAGAGCCAGUGAGCUGCGGCCACCAGACGUGCUGCUGAAGACUGUGUGCUAUUUGGUGGACGACGUAGCGGCCUGUCCUUCGCGUCAGCCCUGGACUGAGGUCUACAGCUUUGUGUUUGACCGGUUGCGCAGCGUGCGGCAGGACAUGGUCAUCCAGCGUGUUUCUGGGCCGGAGUGCGCGAGCGUGCUGGAGCGAACGGUGCGCUUCCUCCUGUACGCCUCUUACCGACUGUGUGGUCAACCUUUAAGGCUUUACGACCCGCACAUCAACGACACACACCUACAGGAGAGCCUGAGCUGGCUGCUGGAGUGCUACAGUGAGGGACAGCACCAGCACCAGGACGAGUUCCAGGCCCUCAGCCUGCUCUACAAUCUGGGUUCACCACGUGCUCUCCAGCACGCCCUCGAGCUACCGCAUAAGGUGCGGCACUCUUCACCGGUUCAGUUGGCUCUGGCACUCAAUAGGGCCUACAUGGAACGCAACCCUGUCCGGCUCCUCCGCCUGGCCCAGAGAUUGGACUUUUUGCAGGCCUGUGCACUCCACCGGCACCUGCUGUCCUGCAGGAGGGAUCUGCUUCUGCUCUACAGCCACGGACACAGCAGCCGAAACUGCCGUUUCCCCAUCCAGAAAUUAGCAGACAUUCUGUCUCUGGAGUGUUCUCUAGCUGCUCAGCUUUGCCAGACUCAUGGGAUACACGUUAACGGGGACUACGUUGUCUUCUCAAAGGGUUCUUUCACAGAGAGCCCGUCUGAAGAACUGCAGUGUGCACAUAUGCACAAGCUAGUGGACGACAAGCAACAAGAUCUUUCACUUAGCAACAUCAUUCAUGGCAUUGCUUGAACAUGGUUUGUAGUGGGGCUGCAACUAACGAUUAUUUUCAUUGUCGAUUAAUCUCAUGAUUAUUCUCUUGAUUAAUCGAUUAGUUGUUUGGUCUAUAAAAUGUCAGAAAAUGGUGCAAAAAAAGUUGAUCAGGAUUUUCUGAAGCCCAAGAUGACUUCCUCAAAUGACUUUUCUUGUCCACACCAUAAAAAGAUAUUCAGUUUGGUGUCACAGAGGAGUAAAGAAACCAGAAAAUAUUCAAAUUUAAGAAGCAGAUAUCUGAGAAUUUUUACCUUUUUAAAAAAAAGAAAAAACAAUACUCGGUCUGAUUAAUUGGUUACCAAAAUAGUUGGCGAUUAAUUCAAUAGUCGACAACUAAUCGAUUAAUCGAUUCAUUGUUGCAGCUCUAGUUUAUAAAGGGGUUGUUUGCCAAAGUUUAAAAUGUACUUUAUUGUUGAGUAUUUUAAGGUGGUAAACUUGGAGUGAUGUUUUAAUGCUAAGGAUGUUCUGUGCUGCUUUUAAAGCCCUAUGGUAUUGUAUUGAUCUGGGACUGUUUAUUGAUAAGUUCACUGUUAAAUCAAUAAAGUGACUUAUUGGCAGGA